CGCGCCCUCUUGGCAUGUCAGGUCGGUCGGCACGGCCUUCUAGACAAAUCCAGAGUAUCGCCGUCGUCUCAUCCUUCGCUGCUACUCUCGUGAGACAUUGGCACUUGGCUACGCUCUGCAGUUCGCGACCAGCUAGCCCGCCACCAGCCUCCGGCCAUGGCCGCGCCCCGCCCCACCGUCCUCGUCACCGGCGCCGGCGGCCGCACAGGACAAAUCGUGUUCAACAAGCUCAGGGAGAGAUCCGACCAGUUCGCGGCGAGGGGCCUGGUGAGGUCGGAGGAGAGCAAGCACAAGAUAGGGGGAGCCGACGACGUCUACGUCGCCGACAUCAGGGAGGCGGACCACCUCGCGCCCGCCGUCCAGGGCGCCGACGCGCUCAUCAUCCUCACCAGCGCCUCCCCCAAGAUGAAGCCUGGGUUCGACCCCACCAAGGGCGGCCGGCCCGAGUUCUACUACGAGGACGGAGCCUACCCUGAGCAGGUGGAUUGGAUUGGCCAAAAGAAUCAGAUUGAUGCUGCCAAAGCAGCCGGUGUGAAGCACAUAGUGUUGGUGGGAUCCAUGGGGGGGACGAAUCCCAACCACCCACUCAACAGCCUUGGCAAUGGCAACAUACUGGUCUGGAAGCGCAAGUCUGAACAGUAUCUGGCAGACAGUGGAGUUCCUUAUACAAUCAUAAGGCCUGGUGGUCUGCAAGACAAAGAUCGGGGAGUGAGGGAGCUGAUUGUUGGGAAGGAUGAUGAGCUUCUCCAGACUGACACUAAGGCAAUCCCUAGGGCUGAUGUGGCUGAAGUUUGUGUUCAGGCCCUCCAGUAUGAAGAGGUGAAGUUCAAGGCAUUCGAUUUGGCUUCGAAGCCUGAAGGCGAGGGCACCCCAACGAAAGAUUUCAAAGCGCUGUUCUCCAAGGUCACAGCCCGGUUUUGAGUCAUCAGUUAAGACUUGAGAGCAUAAGUACAUUUCUAGCUUAUAAGGAUCUUAAUGUCUUGGGUGUGUAUCCUUGUGCAUUAUGAAGUUGCUGACUGAUGUAAUUGCACAAUCGGUUUAUCAAUAAUGCUGAAAAUAGCCUUCUAUC